AUGCCUUUGUUACAAACACAUCUUGUUUUAAAAAUAAUCUUCAUUACAAAAGUGCUUUCAUUAUUUCAGGAUUUGGUCCUUUUGGGGAACAUUCAGUCAAUGCCAGCUGGGUGGCUGUACAGAAUCUGAAGAGGAGAAACUUGUUACCUGAUGUUAACGUCCAUAUUGAGGAAAUCCCAGUAGAUUAUCAGGAGGUCAGCCAGAUUGUACCAGAGCUGUGGAAACAGAAAGAUCCCACGCUGAUGGUGCACGUCGGAGUCUCUGACUUUGUAAAUAAAAUCACACUGGAACAGAGAGCCUACAACACAGGCUACUAUCUCAAAGAUGUCAAAGGUCAAACUCCUUAUAAGGAGUGCUGUAGGGAGGAGGGGGAGGAGUGUAUCUGUACAGGGCUGGACAUGAGUCGAGUCAGUGACGAGAUCAACAACGCAGAUAACCAGCUGAAAGCAGAGGUCUCUUAUGCUGAUACUGGGAGGUACCUGUGUGACUUUGUGUACUAUAUUUCUCUAUCCAUCAACAAGUCUCGCUCCGCCUUCAUUCAUGUCCCGCCCCUGAAUCAACCAUAUACAGAAGAUCAGUUAGGGGAAGGUGUGGCUAAGGCCAUUUCUGCAAUGCUGAAGUAACUCUUAAAGACGUGAUACUCAACGGUAUAUGACUUAGAACGGACUAAGACUCUCUCUCUCUUUCUUUCUCUCUGACUUAACAAUAAAAUUGUUUUUAUGUUAUGCUUAA